GUGUGUGUGUGUGGUAGUGGUGUUGGGGCGGUGAUUGCAGGCUUCUUCUUAGUUCUGUUGCCUUCAAAGCAUUUCCAAUAGCAAUUUGUUUUCAAAAUGAAUGGAUUUUAUAAAGAAUUUUCAGAAUAUGAACACAUAUCUCUUUUGCUGUGGAACUUCAAUUAAUAUGUGGUAUAACUGACUUUGGACUCUAAGGGACGCUGUUGAUCAACCUAAAAUCGUAUCCCUCUCAUAGCCGUCCUUUUUUACUCUGGUCUACCAGAGGACAUUACGCGUUUGUGCACGGAGCAGUCUUGGGAAAAGAAAAGCAGCCAUUUGGAUUUUGAAGUAGAACGAGUGACAGAAUCAGCUAAAUAGUUAAGGAGUGCGUUAUUUUCGUCAUAUUUAUAAGCAGUCAGUAUUUUUUAUUUUUAUUUUAUUUUGUUGUUGCUAUGUCAAGUGGAACAGGAGCUGUCGGAUGGAGAAAAUGCCGUUAUCCCCCCGGACAAAAUCUGCAGCUUUUUCUCUUCCUUCUAUGCAGGUUUGGCUUUGUGAACGGCCAAAUCCGAUAUUCGAUUCCAGAGGAAAUGAGGAAAGGAUCUUUUAUUGGGAAUGUGGCUCAAGAUCUCGGCUUGGAUCUGAAAAGGCUCCGCUCUGGUCGGGCCCGCAUUGUGACCGGGGAAAACACCCAGUACACCGAGCUGAAAGCAGACAAAGGGAUUUUGGUCGUCAACGACAGAAUCGACCGGGAGCAGCUUUGCUUCGACACGAUGCCGUGCAGCUUCAGCUUUGAGGUGAUUUUAGAAACUCCGAUGGAGCUGCAUCAGAUAACAGUGGAAAUAACAGAUAUUAAUGAUCACUCGCCCACGUUUAAAAGAGAAAAUAUUCUCUUUGAGAUCAGUGAAUCGGCUCUAAGCGGAGCUCGUUUUCCUCUAACAAGCGCAGAGGACGCAGAUGUUGGUACGAACGGUCUGAAAGAAUAUUUUCUGACUGAAAAUGAUCAUUUUGUUCUCAAACAGCACUCAAACGCAGAUGGUAAAAGAUACGCGGAGAUGGUGCUUCAGAAGCCUUUAGACAGAGAGACAAACCCGAACCUUUUGUUAAAGCUAAUCGCUGUGGACGGAGGAAAUCCUCAGAGAUCAGGUACAGUUAAUAUAAAUAUAACCAUUCUUGAUAUCAAUGAUAACGCUCCAGUAUUUAAUCAAUCGGUUUAUAAAGCUGCAGUGACGGAAAAUUCCCCUCGAGACACUUACGUCAUCACAGUAAAUGCGACUGACGCAGAUUUCGGCCCGAACAGUAUCGUGAGAUAUUAUUUUUCUGAUCUCAACAGCGGAUCAAAUGAUUUGUUUAAGAUUGAUGAAAAAAGUGGCACAAUUUUUAUAAUUGGUUCUGUUGAUUAUGAAAAAGACAAGAAAUAUGAGCUUCAAAUACAUGCAAAAGAUCAAGGAGGUUUGACAGAUUCAAGUAAAGUGAUCAUCGAUGUGAUGGAUGUGAAUGAUAAUGCUCCUGUUAUAAGUGUAAUGUCAUUCAGCAGUCCUGUCUCUGAGGAUUCUCCUCCUGGUACAACCAUAGGAAUCAUUAACGUGAAGGACCUCGAUUCAGCUGAAAACGGACAAGUUAGUUGCAGGAUUGAAGAAAAUGUCCCAUUUAAAAUUAAAUCAAAUUUAAAAAAUUACUACACUUUGCUCACAUAUUCAAUAUUGGACCGCGAAAGUGUUUCAGAAUAUAAUAUCACAGUAACUGUAACAGAUGCUGGAGUGCCUCCUUUGUCUUCAAAAAGGACUUUUAAUUUGAAAAUCUCUGAUGUAAAUGAUAAUUCUCCCCGUUUUCUAAAAGGCGUUUAUGAUGCGUUUGUGUUUGAAAAUAACCUUCCAGGUGUCUCUAUUCUCGUGAUAAAAGCAAAAGAUCCAGAUGAAAAUCAAAAUGCUCGAAUUUCGUACAUUCUAGAGGAGAGUAGAGUCGGUGGUGGGCCAGUUUCUGAAUAUUCUCUCUCCUAUAACGGAGCGCGAUCGCCUUGCACAGCGAUCUUUGGACACCACCUUUUUCCCUCACAUCGUUUCUUUUAA